AUGGCGGCGAGGCAUGUCAGCCCUGGGCGGCAGCAGGGGUUCAAUGGCAGCCAGAGGGAGCUUGUGCGGCUGAGCCGGAUCCCGCGGUGGGAACUUUUCCUGCCCAACCAUCCCCCUGCCCAGGCUCUCCCUAACUGGGCCAACCAGUUUUCCCUACCGAGGGCGGGGCUUGGCCUGGCAUAUAUGGGGCACUGCCUCACCGCCUGGGUCAUUCUUAGGGCUGCCAGACUCCAGGUGUUUCCCAGCCCGGAGCUCGGCUUGGGGGUCUCUGCGGACGGCAGCCACGUGUGCGGUCAGGCCCGGGGCGGCAGCGGUGGAGGGGACCAGCAGCGCCAGAGAGCCUAUGGGAAGGUCUUCCAGCUGUGGCCAGCCCUUUCUCCGCCGGCCCUUCCUAUCUGCAGCGGCUGGGGCCCAUGGGUUUGCCAGCCUGAAGCCACAGCUGCCAGCAUCGCCCCUUCCCCUUUUCUAUAUUUUUGGGACACAGAGGGGUGGCGGUCGUGCCCAGUGGUCUUCAAGGAGGAAGCUCUGUAUUUCAACGAGGAAGAAUCGUCUUUGCUGAAUCCUGUCCACACAGCUCUGCGCAGGGAAGUCAAGCUGGAGGAUUGUGGGAAUGUGGCCUCUCUGGCUGAUGGACAAACCAGUGAAGACUGCAGAGUACCUCGUGGAGUUUCAUUGGAAAGAAUCAAGAAAGAAGGAGAGGAAGAGGCACUUGAGAAUCGAGAGGAAUCAAGGGGGCAGGAGGAAAGCCAAGCCCAAAACUGGAAUAUUAAAUCCAUUGUUGGCCACAGUGAUGAUGUCCAAGCAGAUGGGACCUCAGCCCAACAGGACAACCAUAAGGGAGAGAGAAAGAAUGAGUGCCCCAUGUGUGGGAAAACAUUUAGUUCUAAAUCAAACCUGAAUGCACAUUGCAAAAUCCACAGUGUAGAGAAACAAUAUAAAUGUCCAGAAUGUGAUAAGAGCUUCAGUGAUAGCAAAAGUCUUACUUUGCAUCAAAGAAUCCACACAGGAGAGAAGCCCUAUACAUGUUUGGAAUGUGGAAAGAGCUUCAGCCGGCGCACCACCCUUACUACACAUCAAAGAAUCCACAGGGGCGAGAAACCGUACAAAUGCAUGGAGUGUGGAAAAAGCUUCAGUGAUAGCACCAGCCUUAGCUCCCAUCAGAGAAUCCACACAGGUGAAAAACCAUUUCACUGUCUGGAGUGUGGAAAAAACUUUGCUUAUAAUGCAAGCCUUUCUAAGCACCAAAGAAUUCACACAGGAGAGAAACCUUAUCAGUGCUUGGAGUGUGGAAAAAGCUUUAGCGAUAGCACAAGCCUUAGCUCCCAUCAAAUAAUUCACACAGGAGAGAACCCAUAUAAAUGCUCUGAGUGUGGGAAAAGCUUCAGUGAGAGCACAAAGUUGACUUUCCAUCAAAGAACACAUGCUGGGGAAAAACAGUACAACUGUUUGGAGUGUGGGAAGAGCUUUGCUUAUAGUGCAAAUCUGAGUAGACAUAAAAGAAUCCACAAAGGGGAGAAACCAUAUAAAUGCCAGGAGUGUGGAAAGAGUUUCCGUGAUAAUGCAAGCCUUCAGUCGCAUCAAAGAAUCCAUACAGGUGAGAAACCAUAUAAAUGUUCAGAGUGUGGAAAGAACUUCAACCAGAGCUCACAUCUGACUAUACAUAAGAGAAUUCAUUCAGGCGACAAGCCAUAUAAAUGCCUGGAAUGUGGAAAGAGUUUCAGUAAUACCACACACCUCAGAUCCCAUGAGAGAAUCCACACAGAAGAGAAACCGUAUCAUUGUUCAGAAUGUGGAAAGCGCUUCAGGUACAGCACAGCCCUUACUUCACAUCAAAGAACUCACACUGGGGAGAAACCAUAUAAAUGCUUAAAGUGUGGGAAAAGCUUCCACCAUACUACAGAUCUUAAUUCCCAUCAAAGAAUCCACACAGGGGAGAAGCCAUUCCAUUGCUUGGAUUGUGGAAAGCGCUUCAGGUGGAACAGAGCCUUUACCUCGCAUCAGAAAAUCCAUAUGGGAGAGAAACUGUAUAAAUGCUUGGAAUGUGGAAAGAGCUUCAGGUGGAGUGCUCACUUUACUGCCCAUCAGAAAAUGCACAUAGUGAAGACACCAGAAAAUGUGUAA